UCUUCCUCUUCCUGUAAGCGGCCUGAGGUAAUCUGUGAAAAUGGUUCGCUACUCCCUAGACCCAGAAAACCCCACAAAAUCAUGCAAGUCACGAGGUUCGAAUCUUCGUGUUCACUUUAAGAACACCAGAGAAACAGCCCAGGCCAUCAAGGGUAUGCAUAUCCGAAAAGCUACCAAAUACCUGAAAGAUGUCACUUUAAAGAAGCAAUGUGUGCCCUUCCGGCGUUACAAUGGUGGAGUUGGCAGGUGUGCCCAGGCCAAACAGUGGGGUUGGACACAGGGUCGGUGGCCCAAAAAGAGUGCUGAAUUUCUGCUGCACAUGCUUAAGAAUGCAGAGAGUAAUGCUGAACUGAAGGGUUUAGAUGUAGACUCCCUGGUCAUUGAACACAUCCAGGUGAACAAAGCACCCAAGAUGCGCCGCCGAACUUACAGAGCCCAUGGUAGGAUUAACCCAUACAUGAGCUCCCCCUGCCACAUUGAGAUGAUCCUCACUGAAAAGGAGCAGAUUGUUCCUAAACCAGAAGAGGAAGUUGCACAAAAGAAAAAGGUAUCCCAGAAGAAACUGAAGAAACAAAAACUUAUGGCACGGGAAUAAGUUUAGCAUAAAAUUGCAAAUAAAUGAAUGUUACCUUAUUAUAAA